AUGGAUCUCAUGACGGCGCUGCAGGUGGUGCUGAAGAAGUCGCUCGCUUGCGACGGCUUGCACCGAGGUUUGCGCGAAGCGUGCAAGGCGAUCGAGAGCCGUAAGGCGUUGAUCUGCAUCUUGGCGCAAGAUUGCGACCAGGCGGAUUACACGAAGCUCAUCCAAGCGCUGUGCAACGAAGUCAACGUGCACUUGAUUCGCGUGCCGGAGGCUAUGGCGCUCGGUGAGUGGGCUGGCUUGUGCAAGCUCGACGCCGAGGGUACUGCGCGUAAGGUCGUGAAGUGCUCGUGCUGCGUGAUCAGCGAUUUCGGUGAAGAAACGGCGGCGCUCGGCAUCAUUCAAGACUUCUUGAAGAGCGCCAACUAA